AUGGUUUCCCGCUCGAUCAUCACCUCACUCUCCCUUGCGGCGGCAGCAGCCGCAAGUGCCCUCCCCCGUGCCGGCAGCGCCUGUACAAGCCCAGCCGUCCGCAAGGAAUGGCGUGAGCUUACCAGCAACGAAAAGGCUGAGUAUCUCCGUGCUGCUGUGUGCCUGCGUAAGCUGCCUAAGGAGAAGUACGCCGACAUCGAUGCCGUCACCACGCGCAUGGACGACUUGGUGUACACACACUUUACCCUCAACACGGAAAUCCACUUCGUGGCCAACUUUCUCCCAUGGCAUCGCUGGUAUGUGCAGCUGCACGAAGACCUGCUACGCACAGAGUGCGGCUUCACCGGUACACAGCCAUACUGGGAUUGGAGUAUUGACGCCGAUGCCAAGGACAUGCCUAAUUCACCUCUCUUUGACCCUGUCACCGCCUUUGGUGGCAACGGCAAAAAUACCGGCAGUGAUGAGCCAGGUUUCCAGCGCUGCGUGGUCGAUGGUCCCUUUGCCAAUACGAACCUGACGCUGGGUAUGGGGUGGCCCAAUUUGAACGAUCCCGGCAACCGCUUACACUGUUUCACGCGCGCGUUCAACGGUGGUGAGGGCAACGAUGAAAACGGCGACCUCAUUAUUGGCGAUAUGCAAGCAGGCGCUUACAACUCCAAAGUCAUGGAUACCAUCUACGCCUUUGAGAAAUUUUCCGAAAUGGCCAAUAUGCUCGAGGGGUUGCCGCACGCACAGAUCCACAGCGUCAUCUUUGGCGAUAUGGGCCCCGCCACCUCACCUAAUGAGCCUCUCUUUUUCCUGCACCACGGCAACAUUGACCGCGCUUGGGCUAAGUGGCAGGGCCGCAACGCCACCCGGCUAGCUGAUUACACAGGUUUCCAGGACCGCAACAAAGCUAUUCAUGCUUCAAUUAACGACCCCAUGCCGAUCCUGGAGCUCGCUGAUACCGAACCUAUCGUCAAGGACUAUAUGGAUAUCCAGGCUGGCCCUCUAUGCUAUACCUACUCGUCCAUGUAA